AUGCCGGUCGAAUUCAUCAGCGCGGCGUAUCUCAACGCGUCGACCGAGUUGCACCCGAUUCCGGAGCUCACGGGCCUCGCCGAUCCCGAUUACCUGGAGCGGUAUGCACGCAACCUGGACGACUAUGAGUACAACUACACUCUGGUGCCGUACGACUCGUCGUACUUUGACCCAUGGACCGUGGCCGCGACCAUCGCGGCGCACACGCGUCAUUUGAAGGUCAUUGUUGCCCUGCGGCCAAACACCCUCUAUCCGACCGUCGCGGCCAAGGCCCUGGCCACGCUCGACCAGCUCAGCCGCGGACGCGCCGUCGUGCACUUUAUUGCGGGCGGCAGCGAUGCCGAGCAGGCGCGCGAGGGUGACUUCUUGACCAAGCAGCAGCGUUACGCCCGCCUCGAGGAGUACGUCCGCAUCCUCAAGCGCGCCUGGGCCUCUUCGGACCCCUUUGACUGGGAUGGCGAGUUCUACCAGUUCAAGGACUUCCGCACUCUGGUGAGGCCAUAUGGGGGUAAGGCCAGCAUCCCGGUCUCCGUCGGCGGGUCUUCUGAAGAAGCCUACCGCAUCGGCGGCGCUCUGGCCGACAUCUUCGGUCUCUGGGGCGAGCCCCUGAAGGAAACCAAGGAGCAGAUCGACCGCAUCUACGCCGCCGCCGAGCAGGCUGGCCGAGCCCCCACAGACCGCCCGCGCAUCUGGGUGACGUUCCGCCCGAUCGUGGCCGAGACCGAGGAGCUGGCCUGGGCCAAGGCGCACCGGACGCUCGAGGCCCUCCAAACCAAGCCGUCGCCUCGGCCGAUGCUACUGGGCGGGGGUACCACGGCGCCGCAGAACGUCGGCUCGCAGCGGCUGCUCGAGAUCGCCAAGCGCGGCGAGGUCCAGGACCGCGCGCUUUGGUACCCGACCGUCACCGCGACUAACGCCCGUGGCGCCUCGACUGCCCUGGUUGGCACGCCCCAGAUCAUCGUCGACUCCAUCUUGGACUACGUCAAGCUUGGCUGCGAUCUCAUCUCCAUCAGGGGUUAUGACAACCUCAACGACGCCAUCGACUAUGGCCGCUUCAUCCUGCCCCAGGUGCGCGCCGCUCUGGCCGAGGGGAAGGUGGCCGCCGACGCCAACGGAGUCAAGCCAACCAACGGGGAGAAUGGGACCAACGGCGAGGCCAAGGUGCUGGCGUCUCGCUGA